GCGGCAGCCGGGGGCCCCGCGCCAUGAGCAUCGAGACGCUGCUGGAGGCGGCCCGCUUCCUCGAGUGGCAGGCGCAGCAGCAGCAGAGCGCACGUGAAGAGGAUGAGAAGCACGAGAAGCUCCGCCUGGAGCGGGAGCAGGAGCAGCGGAAGGCCGCCGUGCCGCGGGCCAACCACGCCGUGCCCCCGGAGGAGCCGCGCGGUGAGCUGCUGGUGCCCAUCUCGCCGCCCGCCCCGGCCCCUCCGCCCCCCCCGCCGCCCCCGCCGCUGGCGGCCCCCAUCUCCGUCAUCCCCAUCCCCGUGGUUACCAGCCCGCCGCAGCCCGCCGCCCAGGCCGCCCUGUCCCCGCCUCUGGCUCAGCGCCACCCGCCCCUCGUGAGCGCUCCCGGCAUCACCAAGGAGCCGCCCUCCGUGGCCCCGGUCAUCCAGCGGCCGCCGGGCGCGCUGCUGCCGGACGGGAAGGCGGGCACGCCGCCGGCGGGCAGCCCGAAGCAGCUGCAGCACUACGCGGCGCCCGUCCUGGCCAUCUCGCAGCACCACGUGGUCCCGCAGCCCAUCCAGCCCCAGCCCGUGCCGCACCCGGCCCCGCCGCUCGGUGCCCUGAAGCUGGCUCCGGCGGAGGACGCGAAACCCAGCGAGCAGAAGAAGAGGCCUGGAGGGGUUGGGACCAGGGAAGUACAUAAUAAAUUGGAGAAAAACAGACGUGCACAUUUGAAAGAAUGCUUUGAGACAUUAAAACGCAACAUCCCCAACGUAGACGACAAGAAGACCUCAAACCUCAGCGUCCUCAGGAGUGCCUUGCGAUACAUCCAGACUUUAAAGAGAAAGGAAAAGGAAUACGAGCAUGAGAUGGAGCGGCUGGCAAGAGAGAAGAUCGCCACCCAGCAGCGGCUGGCAGAACUGAAGAACGAGUUGAGCCAGUGGAUGGACAUCAUGGAGAUUGACAGAAUUGUUCGGCAGACAGUUCAGCCAGACGAUGACCAGGCAUCUACCUCCACAGCGUCAGAGGGUGAAGACAACAUGGAUGAAGACAUGGAAGAUGACAGGCCUGUGAACUCAUUACCAAAACUAGCCCAGCGCCAGCACCCAGAGCUCCUGAAAGCCGUCCCUUCAAACGCUGCUUCCCAUCACCUGGCGGUGUUGCCUCAGCACCUGUCUAUCCAGCAGAAACAGCCCCCAGCCCACGCACAGCCUUCCAUCCAGACACAAGCACUGGUCCAGCCGCAGGCGAUUGUCCCAGCACAGACUCACAUCGUGGCGGCUUCGACAGUGCAAUCGACUGUUAUCGCCCACACCGCCACUACCCACGCGUCGGUCAUUCAGACUGUCAACCACGUCAUUCAGGGUCCACAGACCAAGCACAUCGCUCACAUUGCACCUUCCACGUCCAGCCCUGUGCAACUUACCACUGCUGCUCAGCCUAUCGGCCACAUCACUGUGCACCCAGCCACCAUCAACCACAUGGCCCACCUCGGCCAGCAGCUGCCCAUCUACCCUCAGCCCGUGGCCGUCAGCCAGCCUGUGGUGAGCCACAUCGCUCACACGAUCUCUCACCAGCAAGUGAAUGGAACCACAAGUCUUGGCCAGCAAGCGGUGAUGGCCAAGCCGGCCGUAGGAACCCAAGUUGUCCAUCACCCACAGCUGGUUGGGCAGACGGUCCUAAAUCCAGUAACUAUGGUAACCAUGCCGUCAUUCCCCGUGAGCACACUGAAGCUGGCCUAGAGAGAAUCGUCCGAAGGUGAAGUCUCUGUUGGGAACCUUUCCUAAACUCCGUACAUUCCAACCACGUCCGACUCCGCGGGUUGAGGUGCAGAGGGGCAGGGCGGGGGGGCUGUGCUCACUGCCCGGCAGCCGGCCUGGCACGGCCAGAGGGGCCUCUGCACUUGAGUUUUGUUAAUCUGAGAAAACUAAAAAGACAGUUGUUCAUGGUGAUUUUUUUUCCUUUUAUGUGUAAUCGGUGAAAUAUGGUUAUGAUGUUCUUAAGACUUUAAUUUUCCCCUUUUAUGUGUUGCUUCUUUGUAGAAUAAAUCUGCUGAUCUCUUUAUUGAGACGUUGCGUAGAAUGGGAAAAAAUCAUAAAAGUCUAUAUUUAUAUAUAUGUGUGUAUGUGUGUGUAUAUAUAUGUAUAUACAUAUAUAUAUAAAUAUAACAUUUGAAGAAGGCCUUUUGUAAGGUUGAUUAUUUUGCAGGAUUAUUAGUCAAAAUUCAGUUCUGGAGGAAGAAGACACAGUGUCCUCUCUAAACAAGAAACUUUACGUAGAUGGUUUGGUGGACCAGGGUACACAGACAGUGACAAAAACAAAGCAAAUUGAACGUUCGAGAUACUUCCCAUCAGUAUAUUACAUUUCAAAAAACCAUCUAAAAUCACUGUGACUUGUUAUGGCAUUUUAAGGAAGUUCUCUGUCCUGUUUAAUAAAAGGAAAAAGAAUACACAACCGGA